AUGGAGUACGAAAAUCGACGCGCCAAGUCGCCGCGCGGCGGGUCUCUGCGGCAGCAGUCUGCGCGGCAGUCCCGCAUGCUCAGCGCCGUGGCGAAUGAGCUUGUGCAAGCGGUGGAGGAGACCCAGACGCCGUCUUCCAUUAGCCGUAUUGGCAAAUUCAUGAACAUCGACGGUCACCUGCUUCAAUGGGCUGCCAGCAAAGAUAUGCAGGCACUGAAAAGCAUUUGCAAGACUGGCAAUAGCAUUGCGGGUCUCUUGUUGGCGCACACGGUGCACCUUAACAAGGAAAAGGAGGAGCGACAAUUGUACCUCCUCCUCGAGAAAUGGAAGAGUUGCCAGCUUGCGCAUGAUGGAGAGACUGGCAGCGCCUCUGGGCUGUCAUUCGUGAACCUGUCCAAGACAUGCCGACUCAGUCUGUACUCGUGUCACGGCUUGAGCUACGCGGGCUGCGGAUUCAAUGCUGUUUUGAGCGGUAAGGUUGCGCGUCUUUCACACUCGUUUGGCUUCGGCUCCUGUAUCCUCAUGCCUCUCCGCGCUGAGCGCCAACUCGGAGGCUCAAUCUGUGGCGCCGGGAAGGAGGUGGUCGCGGCAAGCCCUUCUGCAUGGUCGAGCGCUCGCGCACUAGGAAUAGGCACCGCUGGACACCGUGGACGUUCUAAGCGACCUUGUGUGUCUCUCAGUCCUUCGGAGAGCUUCAUCGUUUUUGAAUGCGAGCAGACGUGUGUCUGCGGCGCCUCUGCAGCCAGUUCUUCAGAGCAAAUAUCGAGGGCGAAUGUCGACGUGGACGCAGCGGAAACUGUGGAGAUCAAGAAGUUGAUUUUACGGACCCUCAUCGCCCUCUACAAGAGAGAUGAGCAAACAUCACACCAGACGAUUCAGCCUGAAAGGAGAAGAGCUGCUGAAGUCUCCAGUGAUGGAGCAAGAAACCCCGAAGACGCCGACGAUAACGAUGAUCAGAAAGUGAAGCUGAGCGAUCCCAGCCAGUGGGGUUGGGUCGACCUGUGGCAGCUUGUGAUAGACCCCAGAGGCCUGGAGGGCUUCAAUCGCACUUGUCUGCAUAUCUUUGCGUUGACAAUACUUGUUUAUGAAAACAAGGUGUGUAUCAAGGAGUGCGGCAAGCGAAUGCACGGAUGCGCCAGCUACAUCGUGCGAGCUGUCGCGAGGGAGCAAGAGAGCACUGCGUGCGGCGUGGCGACUGUUCAUCGGGCUGCGUCGUGUGCGCAGCCCCCAGAUUCUCCUGCGAUGCUGCAUAUUAAUGACAGAGGCGAGCUUCCGUCGGAGAGGACCCGGCAGGCAAUUCUGUCUCCGUGGACCUACGGUCUGUAUCAGAAGCUCUGCAGCGCACUGCAGUUGACGCCAGACGGUGAGCCGCUGGUGGACACCAAGUCGCUGCUCGACCAGUUGCGCCGCAGACAGGAUCGUUCGCCGACGACAGCACAGCGGGAGUUGCCAGGGCAAGAUGCACAGCAAACUCAGCAUUCCUGUCAGGCAGCCGGAAAGAGCGUCCGUGGAGCCAGCAGCGACUCUAGAAUCAAUCGCCACAGGCGACGCCAGACCGGUCCCGCGACGCUGGAUGCUUGCCCUAGUAUCUUGAUUCAGCGAGACGAUGACGGGGCCCACGAGACUCUGAAAAGGCGAAAGAAGCCUCGAUCUUCUUCACAGAGGGUGUGCGUCAGCAGCCUGCGGCGCCGUUCUCCACUGGAGUCUCCGAACGCAGCGGCGCAAGCUGGGGAGGCAUGA